AAGGCGAGAAGAGGGAGGGCAAGACUAGAGAGGAGGGUUUGAAGGGAGGAACUAUCUAGCCUGGGCUUUUAAGCCUGAGGGUGCAGGAGAGUAGAAUUCAGAAAUCUCUGUAGCUCGACGGCGAUAUAGCUGAUAACGGACUGAAUUACACUGCAAUUUAGGCCGUAUUCUGGGGGGCUUUGGUUUUCCACUAAUCCCCCCAAAUUUCCUCCUUCUUUGACAUCCAACGCUGUAACCCAUGAGAUUCUUCCGGCUCACCUUUAAGUGCUUUGUGGACGGUUUCUGACUUUCCCCCCCUAGACCCCUACCCCCCCUUUUCUUCUCCUCAUUUUUGAGAUCUUUUUUAUAAUCCCCAUAAAUUUCAAUUGCCAAAUCGAUCGACUUUUUUGAUUUCUUUAUUUUAAUUUUUUUUAUUCUAUCGGUUGUACUGUAAUUUUUAUUUUAUUAUAUAUAUAUAUAUAUAUUUUUGUUCAUUUAUAGUAUUAUUUAUUAUUUAUUUCUAAGGGGGGGGGGUUGUUAGAGCCACAAGCAGGUGGUAGGUAAAAAAGACGCGAGGAUCAAAGAACUGGUUGGGUACCCCCUGGUCCUUUUUUUUCAGGUGAGGUUUUUAGCUCGAAGGAUGGAAAAGAGGAGAUUGUCCUUGGAAAACGGCUGCUACAAAGUGAACGUGGAGGAGAAAAAUGGACAACUCAUACCGAGCGGGAACGGACACACUGACCUGUGUCAUAAUGGAUCUAUCAACGGGGGCAUCAUCUACCCCCCAAAGACCAGGGUUACCGUUCCCGAGAGGGACACCUGGACCCGACAGAUGGAUUUCAUUAUGUCUUGUGUGGGAUUUGCUGUUGGACUUGGAAACGUGUGGAGAUUCCCCUAUCUGUGCUACAAGAAUGGAGGAGGUGUCUUUCUCAUUCCUUAUGUCCUGAUCGCCAUCUUUGGAGGAGUUCCGAUUUUCUUCCUGGAAAUCGCCUUGGGACAGUUUAUGAAAGCUGGAAGUAUUGCUGUGUGGAACAUAGCUCCUCUUUUCCAAGGAAUCGGAUUUGCGUCUGUGGUGAUAGUCUUCUUCUGCAACACGUAUUACAUCAUGAUCUUAACGUGGGGUGUUUACUACCUGGUAAAGUCCUUCAAUUCAGUGCUGCCUUGGUCACAUUGUAACAACACCUGGAACUCCCCGGAAUGUGUAGAGAUCUUCAGGCAUGGCGACUGUAACAACGGUACGGCCAAUGCAACGUACGGGAAUCUGACCUGCGAUCAGCUUGCAGACAGUGUAUCUCCAAUUACAGAAUUUUGGGAGAAUAAAGUGCUGAGACUUUCCAGCGGUCUAGAUGAUGUGGGAACUAUCAACUGGGAGCUGCUUCUGUGCCUGCUCGCCUGCUGGCUGCUGGUCUACUUCUGUGUCUGGAAGGGCGUGAAGUCUACUGGAAAGAUUGUCUACUUCACGGCCACCUUCCCUUAUGUCGUCCUGCUUAUCCUCCUUGUUCGUGGCGCCAUGUUGCCUGGUGCUUCUGAAGGAAUCAUAUACUACCUUAAGCCCGACUGGUCUAAGCUUGGGUCUGCCCAGGUGUGGAUCGAUGCCGGGACACAGAUCUUCUUCUCGUAUGCCAUAGGACUGGGAGCCCUUACAGCACUGGGCAGCUAUAAUCGCUUUAACAAUGACUGCUACAAAGAUGCCUUUCUCCUCGCACUAAUAAACAGUGGGACCAGUUUCUUCGCUGGCUUUGUGGUCUUCUCCAUUCUUGGGUUCAUGGCAAAUGAGCAGGGAGUGGACAUUUCCAAAGUAGCUGAAUCAGGGCCUGGAUUGGCGUUUAUUGCAUAUCCCCGGGCGGUGAGUCUGAUGCCGGUGGCUCCUCUCUGGGCUGCUCUAUUCUUCUUUAUGCUGCUUCUCCUUGGUUUGGACAGCCAGUUUGUAGGUGUGGAAGGAUUCAUCACCGCCAUCUUGGACUUGCUUCCGGCCCGCUAUUAUUUCCGCUACCAACGAGAGGUAGCUGUGGCCAUUUGCUGCGUGGUCAUGUUCUUUAUAGACCUCUCCAUGCUCACGGAGGGUGGGAUGUAUGUUUUCCAACUGUUUGACUAUUACUCUGCUAGCGGAAUGACCCUCCUGUGGCAGACCUUUUGGCAAUGUGUUGUCGUUGCCUGGGUUUAUGGUGCUGAUAGAUUCAUGGAUGAUAUUGCCCGUAUGAUUGGAUAUCGUCCUUUCCCUUGGAUGAAAUGGUGCUGGUCUUUCAUCACACCCUUCGUCUGCAUGGCCAUAUUUAUCUUCAACCUAGUGAACUACAAGCCCCUGACGUACAAUAAGACCUACAUAUACCCAUGGUGGGGGGAAGCAAUCGGCUGGUGCUUUGCUAUGUCAUCAAUGCUCUGUGUGCCUGUGACCUUCCUCUACAAAAUCACACGUGCCAAGGGGACACUGAAAGAACGUUGGCGUCGUCUGACCGAACCCGUCUGGGGAGCUCAUCAUCUAGAGUACAUGUCACCUGAUCCAGAUGUCAAGAGCUUGACCAGCUUGAGCCCUGUGUCGGAUAACAAGGUCAUCAUCUUCGAGAGUGUUAUGUGAAGUGAGCGUCUACCACCUUUACUCCUGUCCUAAUCUUCAUUUUUCCAUUGAUGACCCGCAACGUCCCGCAAAAUAGACAGUAGAGUCCAACUCCCAAUGCAAACCUUCCCACCUAAUGCUGAAUCGUCAAGACGCGAAAAGAUUGGCCCAAAAGUAUUGGUGGUCGUGGAGGAAAUGUGAAGAAUUUGUCUUCUACGUCCUAGAUGUGAUCUGUUUCGAAAACAUCUGGAAAUUUACGCUAUGAACUUCUGUUAAUAUAAUCCCUCCAUGGAAUACCGGCAAAGUUUUGGCUACAAAGCAUAAGGUGACUCAAAAGUGAACAGGUUGCUGUGAUCUUCCUAUCCAACAUUAUUAUGGUUGUUUCGAUAUCAUCCGAGUGACUACCAUUACUGACCAGGAGGCUACUAGCCUGCUAGCUCUCUAGCCACAUUCUAACUACUCUGUCUAAUGGUAGAGGUUAUGGAGAAUCUCACCAACCUGGACUAAUAUCUCCUUUACCAAUUUGCUCUAAAUUGCCGACUAAAGAAAGUAGAAGGCUUUGAAGAAUCCUAACAAAAUAUUUAUGCCAAAAGCAGAAUACAUAUAACAGACAUCAUUGAGUAAUGCCAGAUUCACAAUUUAGGGGGUCUUGCCAAAUGCUUUUGGGAUAUCAAAAUAAAUCCCGUCUUCCUUUACUACCAGGAACACUCAUCCCGAAAUAUCCUGUAAAACAAAUAACAUAAGCACCCAUAAUGCACUGUGGCGUGGCACUUGCCAAUGUAAAUAAUACUGGUGUUUGGAGGGAUUGCUAUGACCGCUUGAUGCCAGCAAUGAGCACGAAGUUAGAUGGCGAGCUGACGGGAUUAACCCUUUGAGACCUCCGCAUUACACCCCGUGCAUGCACCCUCUGAAGGAAAGGUGGCCAGGUCAAUUCACUUGCAUCACUUGCAGACCACGGCAAAAGCUGUAUUUUGCACUUUUUUUUAAAAUUUUUAAUCAGUAUAUUUGUGAAGGCAUGUUGCGUGUACAGGUGAACCCCCUGAGGACGCCACCGGUAUUAGCAAACACGUAAAAACACAAAAUCGCUGCUCAAUAUAGUAUCCGUCCCUGCUGAGAAGGGAGACCUCUGCUGCUAUAGGCACUGCUGUGACCCACGUCCAUUUUGUGCCUCUAGAAACAGUGAAACCUAUGCAUCAACCAAUGCAAUCAUCAUGAAGCUUUAGAAUAUAAUUUAAUAUAGGGAGUGUUGAAGCAAUGUGGGCCAACAAAAAAAAAAACUGCGUCGAAGACCAGACGGGUCUGAACGGGAACAUAGACAGAAAACUUAAUACAUCCCAUUAACACAAACCCACAUUUCUUCUCUACAUAUCCCAUUGUGAACAUAGAUGUAAGCUAAAUCCGUCCAUUAUUCUCCUGGCAGUCCGUGGGUGGGAAAAAGGGAAGAGUAACGCUAAUAUGCAUUAAAAAUAGGUGGUUCCGGGGCAAUUUGGGGUCCUCGAAAGGUUGUCAUACAUUUUCGAUAACUCUGGGCCAAACGUUAGUUCAGCCAAUGAUUAUCUCGCCCAACUACCCUAUACACAUGAAUUUUUAUGUGUUUUUUUUAUGGGGAGGGGUAAGCCACUGCCAGAUAGCUCUAGCUCCUGCUUACUCCUACAAGAAGAAAAGGGACGGGUGACAAAGAUCCAACACACCCGACCCUUGGAGAGUUGGAAGGUCGUCAUACACCUUAGACCUGUAUUUCGCAACCAGUUUGCCUCCAGCUGUUGCAAAACUACAAUUCCCAGCAUGCCAGGACAGCCAACGGCUGUCCUGGCAUGCUGGGAGUUGUAGUUUUGCAACAGCUGGAGGCACACUGGUUGCGAAACACUGCCUUAGACAGUCGACAACCUGCCAAUGGCGGGGAGUUCGGACAAAUUUAGUAUUAGGUGUAUGGACACAUUUAGGCAGAGGCAUACCUUGAGGCUCCUGGGCCCUAGUUCAAGAUCUGGAAAGGGGCCCCCGCUGACCAUGUGCCAUAUGUGAUUACGUGGCAGAGGGGGUAACUUUGCACCCUCUAUUGUGAGAUCGAAAGCAAGCUUAGUAAGCCUACAGCAGAGUAUUGUUACCCUAUGGUAUAAUGCAUCAUGGGAAAUCUCUCAAGUCUACAAAUAGUCACAUAAAUACUUGAAUUCUACAAUUUAAUCUGAUAUUUACAGAUAAAAAAUAAUAAUAAUAAAUAUAUUUUAUAAAUAUAUAUAUAUAUAUAUAUAUAUAUAUAUAUAUAUAUAUACAAAACCUACUCCUAAAUAAAAAAUAAACGGACUGGAAUGAUAUGUGCUUCCCAUCCCAGCAUCCUUAGCAGCAGAAUUAGUUGUGCUCAAGAGCUUUUUUAAAAAGAAAAAAAAAUAUUUAAAAAAAUAAAUAAAUAAAUAAAAAAAGAAAAGAAAAAAAUGCAAAAGUCUAAUUUUGUUAUACGGUAAAUAUUUUUGUGCCGCAAAAGGUGAUUUUUAUUUUUUUCUUGGGGUGAUAAAACAAGUAUAGAGAUAACGUUUUUAUGAAGAAAAGUAUGAAAAAAAAAUUUGCUAUAUUUUGUGACUUUGUGAAAAGGGAGAACAAAUACGGAUCAGUUCAUAUGGAUUCAUGGCGGGGAUUUUGAGAAUGUAAAGGGAAAUAUUGUGCGGCGAUGAAGUCAUCCCUGUCACAAUUAAAGUUAGGGUUAUUUUUACAGGCAAUUUAAUGGGCCUCAGUUGUUGCCCCUAGCAACCAAUCAAAGCUCAGGUUUAAAUCUUUGUAGAAAUGAAAGCUGCGCUGUGAUUGGUUGAUGAGGGGCUGUUUAUCCGUCCAUUUUGAUGAAUGAGGGUCCUUAUACCUUACCGUGCCAACAUUGUCAUUUUAUCAGGCCUCCUUGGGCCUUUAUAUGUUCAUGGACUAGAUUUUUCAAUAGAGCUUUAUGUUGCCCCUAGCAACCAAGAAAAUGACAGCUAUUUAAACUGGAAUCUGAUUGGUUGCUAUGGACAACGGCUCCAGCCUAUGUCUGCACUAGUUUCUAUAAACCACGCUAGCCAUGGUGUUCAAUACAGCCAAUCAGGGUCCGGCUUUUAUUUUUUGCAAAUGAAAGCAAGCCUCUAAUUGGCUGCCGUGAGGAACGCUAUUUUACCUCAGCACGUGUCGUGUAGAAAACUUUAUUAGCAAAUUCUAACAAAGUUACGGGGGGGGGGGGGGGGGGAACUACAUUCAUUAUCACAGUAUAUUACAGAAGGUUUUACCAAAACCAUGAAAUACCAACGAGAAUGUGAAUUUAUAUUGUUUAUUUUCUUAGUUAUUUAAAUCACAUAUUAAUUAGUAAUUUAUUUUUUCUAAGUCCAAUGACAGUUUUUCAAAAAAUUGCAGAGUGGCUUUUUUUUCCCUUUGAAAUUUUUAUUUUAUUUUAGUACUAUGAAGUCACGCACCUUUUUUUUAAAUGACAUUGAAAAUAAAAUAAUGUGAGUUUUUUAGACAUGUUUUGAGGUUAUUUUUUCUUUUGGGACUUUUUUUUUUGCUAUUUUGGGGCCAUUAUUACAAUGUAUAGCCACAAAAACAGUUAUUUGGGGGUAUUUUAUUAUUUUUGGCCCAGAAUUCAAACCAAAAUAAGGACAUAUUUUCAGCACUUAAUUUUAUGGCCGUAACAAUUACGGAUUAAAAAUGUAUGUAAGUGUUAACAAACAGCCUAUUUUAUUGAAUCCAAUGGGAAAUAUAUGCCCCUCUUUUGCCCAACUUUUAAACCGUAAAAUGGCCGUUUUACAGCCUAUAUCUGGCAAAUAAUUGGCGUGGGAACAAUGGUUAACGCUGACUAAAGCGACACAAAUCCAUGUUUAAUGUUUGCUAGGUUCUCUCUCUUAAAGGGCUUGUACAGAAUUGGUAAAACAUAGCUACCUUCUUCCUAAAGCAGCAACAUUCCUGUCCACGGGUCAUGUCUAGUAUUGCGCCUCAGCUCCAAUAAAUAAGACUGAACUGCAAUAUCACAGGUGGACAGAUGUGGUGCUGUUAUUAGAUAAAAAUUGCCGAUGUUUUUCUAAUACCAUACAACCCCUUUAUUUCACAGCCUCAAGCAGAUUUACCGAUAGGAACCCUUCACAUACCCUAUAGGGCAGUGGUCCUCAACCCAUUCAAGGUCCAGCAACAUUCCAGGUUUACUCCAUUGUACUAGAACAGGGAAAAAACUAAAAUCCUGGACUGUUGGUGGGCUUUAAAGGGGUGCUGCAGCCGAAAGUUUCUGAUCGCGCGGGGUGGGGGGGCGGGGGCUUCCAACUGCGGGGACCCCACUCGAUCUCCGGAAUGGGCCCCGACUCCGAGUGAAGAGCGUGUGCAGUAAACUAUGGGAGCUCUGAAGAGACUCGAGUCCAGCACUCGGCAAACAUCAGAGCUCCCAUAAAAAUGAAUGGAGCCUGUCCCGGAGUUUGCGGAGGGUCCCAGAGACACUCAAGACAACCGGAACCCCCUCCUCCCCCGCUAUAAGCUACUUAUCCCCAAUCCUGUGGAUAGGGGAUAAGUUAAUUUCGGCUCCAGUACCCCUUUACUGGGAUAGGGACUUCUGCCAUAGGGGACUCGCUUGACAUGCUGUGAAUAACUGGACAAUUCUCGGUUAACUAUUAGUCUAGUUAAAUACAUAGGGUCUACCAUCCCCAAACUCGAAGAUUUAAGGCUUUCUUUUUUUUUUUUUUUAGCUGUGCCAACACAUUUCAGGGUAUUCAUAGAACUUUUUCCGUAGACCGUGGGAUAUUUAUAAGUGUUUAGAAGGAAUGUGCAAACUAAGUGAGUCUUGAAAACAGUCCUUGCUGACUUUCCUUGGGUAAUGAUUGCUCUAUUGGUUUUGUUGACCUAGUGGUUGGUUAAUCUUUUUAUUGAUCUUUCUUGUGAAUAUUUUGCUUUUCAGUUAAUAUUUUCUUUAUUACCUGAAGUCCACCGUAUUGAAGUUUAUGAAUAACUGUCAACAAAUCCAUUCUGUAUUAUUCUGUCCAUAUUCUGUAAUAUUUCAGCUUUAACAUUUUAUGGUAACUACCUCUCAACGGAGGGUUGGCUGUGAAAGCUAGAGUCACUUCUCAGGGUUCUCCGGAACUGAUAGAUGAGUCCUAUCUAAUUUUUAGGGUGAUUCAUUGACAAGGCUUUUAUGAAUCUAUGAAUGUAAUUAAAGGGGUUGUACAAUGUUAGAAAAAAAAUGGCUUCUUCCUGUAACAGAAACAGUGUGGGCUACCAAACAAUACCUAUGGCAGUGGUCUCAAACUGUGGCUCUCAAGAU